GAGCGCCAGGAGAAAUGGUGCUGCGGUGAGGGUGCCUGGAAAGGACUGCGCUCCAAACCAAGAGAAGGAUUUCCACAGCUUUCAAAGAGACGAUAGUCAAACCACUGCAGGGAGCGAGACGUUCCACCACCACCACCACUAUGAAGGAAACUACUGAAAAUGUCUGUCUGGACGAUGCCAGCUGCAGCCAGACCAAGACCCAGGAUACUAUUUUUCACUCUGAAGAAGAUAACAGUCUUUAUUUCACAUACAGUGGAAAAUCAAAUGUUCUGGAAGUCAAAGAACUCAACUACCAGGUUAACAAAGCAUCCCAGAUUCCCUGGUAUGAGAACCUUGCUCAGAUGAAAAUGCCCUGGACAUGGAAAUCGGAUCCCGAUUCCCACAUGCCAGUAAUCCAAAAUCUGAAUCUAAAAGUGCGAAGUGGUCAGAUGCUUGCAAUUAUAGGAAGCACUGCUGGUGGAAAGACAUCCUUGCUUGAUGUGAUAACCUGCCGUGAUCAUGGAGGCAAAAUCAAGUCAGGUCAAGUCAUGAUCAACAACAAACCCAGCACUCCCCAACUUGUCAAGAAAUGCAUAGCACACGUGAGGCAGGAUGACCGACUGCUCCCACACCUGACUGUCAGAGAAACACUAUUGUUCGUUGCCAAACUGCGUCUUCCAAAGUUUUUUUCAGACUCACAAAGGAAAAAAAGGGUGGAAGAUGUGAUCGCAGAGCUCCGCCUGCGGCAAUGCGCCAACACCAGGGUGGGGAAUGAGUACCUGCGGGGCGUCUCCGGGGGAGAGAGGCGCAGGGUGAGCAUCGGCGUGCAGCUGCUCUGGAACCCGGGAAUACUCAUACUUGAUGAACCCACAUCUGGACUGGACAGUUUUACUGCACAUAACCUUGUGAUAACAUUAUCCAGACUGGCCAGAGGAAACAGAUUGGUUCUUCUUUCACUUCAUCAGCCCCGGUCAGAUAUCUUCCAAUUGUUUGAUUUGGUUCUUCUGAUGACUUCUGGACUCACUGCCUACUGUGGAACAGCUGAAGACAUGGUCCAGUAUUUCACAGAACUAGGCUAUCCCUGCCCAAGGUACAGCAAUCCUGCGGAUUUCUAUGUUGACUUGACCAGUAUUGAUAAACAGACUCCAGAAAAAGAGAUGGAAAGCCGAAAAAGAGCAAAUGCUCUUGCCAACUUGUUUGUUGAAAAGGUCAAACAUUUUGAUGAUUUCUUAUGGAAAGUUACUGAAGGAGACAAUGCUGAGACCACAGUCAUCAAGCAGAGGAAUUCAGAAGAGGUAAUGAAUAUGCCUCACAAUUCAAGUGAUCAAUUACCAGGAGCCUUAAAGCAGUUCACUAUAUUAUUAAGUCGUCAGGUCUCCAAUGACUUCAGAGAUCUUCCAACACUAUUAAUCCAUGGAUUUGAAGCCCUUCUUAUGUCAUUACUAAUUGGAUUUUUGUACUAUGGCCAUGAAAAAACCGGACUCUCUAUUCGUGACACAACAGCCCUGCUGUACAUGAUAGGUGCCCUAAUCCCAUUCACAAUAAUUUUGGAUGUUAUUGCCAAGUGUCACUCAGAAAGAGCAAUGCUUUAUCAUGACUUGGAAAGUGGAAUGUACUCUGUUGGCCCAUACUUCUUUGCUAAGAUUUUGGGGGAGCUCCCAGAACACUGCAUUUUUGUUAUAAUUUAUGGGAUUCCCAUCUACUGGCUGGCAAACCUUGUUCCUGAGCCAGAACAUUUCCUGCUGAACUUCGUGUUAUUGUGGUUGGCUGUUUACAGUGCCCGUGCCAUGGCGCUUUGGGUGGCAGCUCUGCUACCGACGUUGCAGCUCUCGGCCUUCCUUGGCAAUGUCCUCUUCACAUCGUUCUACCUGAGUGGUGGUUUUGUGAUAAGUCUGAACAGCCUCUGGACAGUUCCUUUUUGGGUUUCAAAAAUUUCUUUUAUCAGAUGGAAUUUUCAAGGAAUGAUGCAAAUUCAGUUCACUGACACCACGUAUGAAAUGUCUGAUCGAAACAUUACUUAUCAAAUACCAGGGAAACUUGUCACUCAGGCUCUGGACCUGGACUCCCAUCCUCUCUAUGUGAGCUACCUUGUCCUCGCUGGCAUCAUUUGCAGCUUCCUGCUUUUAUACUAUUUAUCUCUGCGCUUUAUCAAGCAGAAAUCAACCCAAGACUGGUAAGAGCAGCAGAGGCAGCAGGUGACGGGCUCCCCUGCAGGAAGGCAGAGUUAGAAGGCUCCCGGUGGGAGCCCCGGCAGGCGGGCAGGAGGCGGGGAGCGGCGGCAGCCCGGCUGCCACAGGAUGGCAGUAGAACCCCAGGAGUCGGGAGGCGGCCGGGAGCCUGCCACGGGCCGCGGCUGCAGCCUGACAUUGGGGGUCGGGGGUGGGCUUUGGGCUUUUUGUUUGCUUCGCGUACGGGCUGAACGAGUGACAAGGCUCUUAUGAGUUCUCCACAUCUGGAAAUAGUCUGAGCUAUGGGCCACCGAUAUAAAAGGACCCAUCGCGCUCUGUAAUAAUAGCUGAUGUUUUAGUCUGUAAUGUUGAACAUAGGAUGAUCACUUUAAUCAGAGGGCGACAAGAGAACAGGAUCAAAACACUUUCUCUGGCAUGUAUAACGUUUAACAUAUUAAGAACAGCGCAGAGGAAAGCAACACAGAAGAUUUCACAAGUGUUUCAGGAGAACGUGCAAGGAUGCAAAACACAAUUUUUAACUGCUCUGUGUUCCAGUUGCUUAUGUGUUUUUUAAAGCUUUAUUUCUGUGUUUUAAAGCUUUUCCUUUGUGUUCCAGUAAUAUACUGAUGAUGCCCAAAACAGGUGUUUGCUCACUGUAGAGAUGAAAUUUUGUAACAAAUAAAAUUAUCUCACCUUCUUGGAUUUAUUUUUACAAUAUAAACGCAUACCAACUGAUUGUUACUAAUGACAUAUUUCUCCAUUGCAAUAGACAUCAUAGUAAUUUGCCAAGUCUCCUAAUUUGUCAAGCUCCCUAAGGUUCUCAGGUAGAAAACACCAACCUGCCCCUGAGCAAUUAAAAAUCUAACGAUGUAACCUAUUAAUGCUUGUCACAGUGCACCUAGUUAUGCUCAGAAAAUGAGUACCAGUAAAUAAAUGGCCAUAAUUCACAGA